AAAUGCCUCCUUUCACUGUGGACGAUUUUCAGAAGAUCCUUCAGAAAAUUGCUGUGCUGGAAACAAAGAUGCAUCGGAUAGAAGUGAAUGUGGAAGUGAAUGGACUAUGCGGGAAUGACACCACUCUUCCAUGGGGUCAGAGCAGCAGACAUGUACCUGCUAACACACGGCUAGUUAGCCCAAACAAUGACACUCCAAAACAGGAGGACUGUGCAGUUGGGACCAGCUGGAACACUCUUGGCGCUAGGCCUAAAGAUAAAACGUUUCCCACGGACAUGAGAGAACGGAUAACAGGCAGAGCCAAGCGCCCUGAGAUUUCUGAUGCGACUGGCUGGCCUGCACUCUCAUCCAGAAGGAGUGCCGCCUCAACCCCCCUACCAAGGAGGAAACAGCCAUGGACAGCAGUAAAAACUACUAGUAAGAGCAAACCUGUAGAAGAAACAAAGAUACAUUUAGAGAACAGAUUUGCACCACUUUCACAAGAUCCUGACUCUCCAUCCCAGGACCUGAGAAACCCUGUGUCCUCGAAGACCAAGGGAAGGUACGAGACCAAAUCUAUAAGCAAAAGGCCGCAGAGGGAGCUGACGACUGGGCCUGAAACACUGAUCGUGGGCGAUGGUGUCGUGAAAGAGGUCAGUAGCCUCUGUGGCAAGAGAAACACCAAAGUCCUCUGCUUCACCAACGAUUCGGUCUCUGACAUUUCAGACAAAAUUCUGGACAUUGUUGCUGACCACACAACGGUGAAAUCACUCAUUCUUCACACUGGGGCCUUGGAUGUUGUGAAGCAACAAUCUGAGCUUCCCUGGCCAAGGACAAGAGACAAGACAAAACAAAACAGAAGAUAAGACCACAUUCUGGAGGAAAACGACUGAGAUCGCUGAGCCAGGAGGAGUCUUCAUCGCCGCCACCUUCACCCCCCCAAGAGGAGCGUCCUCCAGUGCCGCCAACUUCAACCCCCCAACGAGAGGAGCGUCCUAGACUGCGGCCAUCUUCACCCCCCCAACAAGAGGAGUGGCCUCCACUGCGGCCAUCUUCCACCCCCCAACAAGAGGAGUGGCCUCCACUCCCAACAGGAGGAGA